GUUUUCAUCCCCUCCAUCAGCUCCUACGAUGGUCGUCUGUACCCGGAGCGGCGGCUUGCGUUCGUCGUGUCGUUUCAAUUCCCUCAAUCCUAGAAUUUUUUUUGUAUUCUGUGUCAUCGUUGUCGGUAUUCGAGUGAGACCAGCAUAAGUGAACCUGGUAUCUGGGGCGGGGUGUUUAAUGCGGCUUAAUUUGGUGAGGACCUGGGGUGGGUCGGUCGUGGAGCAUCUUUUUUCGAGGGAGUAAUCCGUCUUUUGGGGAUUUUGGGCGGGGUGAAUCGGUGUGCACUGGCUGCAGUUGAGUUUGGGAAUGGGGUUUUGGACACUGGCGCGUGACAAUUCCCGAAUGGACUUCUCUUUCAGCUUCUGUGUUACGGAGGAUCGUUGGGUCCUUUCUGCCUGCCUCAUACGCUCUCAUGCGGUCUUCUCGGGUUCGGUGUCUCGCUUGUAGUUUACGUUUUAGUAAAUGGUUUGGUCUGCGCGCUUGGGGGUUUUGAAGGUUCUGGCCAAGAGGCCAAGUUCACCGUUUGUGGGCCGCUGUGACUGCAUAUCUAGCGUUCGAAGUGCGUGGUUCGUCUACUCAGUAAUUGGGUGGAAUCACUCGGAAGUGAGUGCGUCAGGAAGCCAUCUGGUUCAUGAACGGUUAAAAUGUAGCCACUGUUAGACCCCAAGGGCUACGUAACGGUGAUCGAAUGUAAAUAAGGGGUCAUGGAAUUUGCGGCUGCCGAUGCCGGUGUAAGCUUCUUAUACGUUCUUGAACAUGCUUUGGACAACAUUUCCUUGGUUGCGGGUUACAUGUUGUUUAGUUUUAGCACCCCCCAUUGAGGACACUGUAGAGUGCAGACCGUGCGUCACGGCCCUCAGAAGAAAACGGAGUUUAAUCGUUCGCAGGAUGAUCACGGAUUUUCGUAGUGGAGCAGCUAGUUCCAAGCCGAAAUACAACGGGAGAAUGCUGGACUCUUAGAUUUUUUUCAAGAUCGGGCGUGUCUGAAGCCACCUGCAGAAUUCGAGGUGUCUAGUAGUGCAAAAAAUAGACAGCCGGAGGAAAAGGAUCUGUGGACAAAAUGGAGGGUGAUAUAGAAUUGUACGUAGCCCACCUGAUGGACCUUAGCAUGGAGCAUCUUUUUGCAUUUCCGUUACAGGUUGCGGAUCUGAUACGCAAAGGGGUGGAUGAAGCUGAUUCUUUCAAACAGGAGUGUGCGGAUCUUGGCAACAAAGUAGAGAAGUUGAUAGUUUUGUUACGGAAAGCUGCUCGGAAAGUAGGGCUGUAUGAGCGGCCAACGCGGCGAAUCAUGCUGGAAGUGAUGAAGGCGUUAGAACGAACCCUUGGACUGGUGAAGAAGUGUAAGAGGGGCGGGAUGCUCAGAAGGGUCAUGACCAUCACCACCACCGCGGACUUUAAGAAAGUAAAUUACGUUUUAGAGAGCUCAAUAGGAGAUAUCACUUGGCUGCUUAACAUUUCCUCCAGCGGGGACGAGCGCUCUUCGUUUGCAGGACUGCCGCCUAUCGCAUCCACCGAUCCCAUGCUGGCACUUGUGUGGGAGCAAGUAUCUAUUGUGCAUGUAGGAGAUGUAGAGGAGAAGGCUGAUGGGGCAGAGUAUUUAGCAAACUUGGCUAAGCUCAACGAACGAAACGUGAAGAUUAUAAUUGAGGAAGGAGGGGUGGCGCCGUUGCUGCGGCUGCUUAAAGAGGGGGCAAUUCCUGGCCAAGAGGCAGCUGCCACAACCUUGGGUUUUUUGGCGGGGAAUAAGGAACAAGUUCGGCAAAUACGUGAAGAGGGAGCUAUCGGUAUCUUUGCGCACAUUUUGGGGGGCCAUUCAACAUCUGUGAAAGUUCAGUUGAAAGUCACACAAGUAGUUGCAAAGUUUGCUGCCCUGGAUGAGGAAGCACAGGGCGAGCUUGCUACUCAAGGCGUUAUAAGAUUAUUGGUGGCCAUUCUUGCCCACCAGACCAAUACAUCAGAGAGUACAGAUGGCCCAGCAAGCAUUCAUUCAAUUGUAAGGACAAAUAUGAACCAGCUGAGGAGUACCGGUGGUAAGGGAAAUAACCCUCAGCCUGAUAUUCACGUACAGCCUGUAGCAAUGGCAGUCUCUUCAGUGAUGGCUCGUAUGAGAAGCACUGCCCCACCCACAAUCACAGAAAACCCUACUUCCAGUGCUAUGUUGAUUAACCCUUUGCGACAAGCCAGCCGAGUGCCUCGAGAUUCAGAGGACCCCGAGCUCAAGCUGGGAAUGAAGGUGGAAGCUGCCCAUGCACUCUGGAAACUCGCAGCAGGAAACAUAAAAAAUUGCAAGCUCAUCACGGACACAUGUGCACUUUUAUGCUUCGCAAAGCUCAUGAAAAAUACUGAAGGGAAGCUCAAAUAUAAUUCUGUUAUGGCUGUUGUUGAAAUCGCAGCUGCCGCGGAGCUAGACCCUGAGCUUCGUCGGGCUGCGUUCAAGACCAACUCGCCAUCAGCUAGAGCUGUAGUUGAACAGCUUUUAAAAGAGAUAACAAACGAAGACGGAGAUCUUGUACUUCAGGUGGCAUGUUGUAAAGCGAUAGGUAGUCUGGCUCGAAUUUUUCCUGCGCCAGCCGAGCUUCCAAUCAAGGCGUUGACAUCAGCGUUAGCCAACCAAAAUCCGGAAAUUAUUCAAGUUGCCACGGAAGCGGCCUCUUCUCUGUCGAAGUUUGCAAGUGAUGAAAAUUAUUUGCACUUGGAGCACUCCAAGAACAUCAUUCAAGAAGGAGCAGUGGACCACUUGGUCUUGUUGGCAUUGAACUUUGGAUACUCAGAAUCACAACUCUCUGCGAUUGAACUGCUUUGUUACCUUUCUUUGAAUGUUCCUGAUAGUGAACCGUUAUCAAGAGCGAAUAUUGUUCAUGUCUUGAAAUCUACCGUGCAUGCCAAUCAAUUAUCUCAGAUGUUUGCGAAACAUGAGAAUGCCCGACCACUGAUUAUGGAUGCCAUCGCAAAGUUGGAGUUUUGGCAGUUGCGAAGCUCGAGUUUACAUGAGGAGGAGACAGAACACUUAGUUUGACAACCUUCGAAAUCCCUUUUUUUAAUCUAUUCUUCAAUCGGAGAUGACCAUUUCAAUGUAGAAAUCUUACAUUCCGAUGUAAAAGAUUUCUCCUGAAAUUCUCUCCUUCAAAUUGUUUCCAACAUUGUAGCAUAUUUUAAGGUUGUUGACCCUUUUGUUUGUGGGCCAUGAAUCACAGUUGUUGUAGGGAGCACCCUUGAUCGACUCAUAUCAUGAUUAGGUUUGGAGAUGACGAUAGGUUAACAUGACUUGGAAUUGCAGAUUUAUGAUUUGGGGUAAGUUUUUUUCUUUUUUGCCGUAUUGGGUAUUGGUGUAGAGACAUGCUUCGAGUAAUAAAGCACGAAAUGUACAUUUCAAAUGCUUGUAAGCGAGACUUCGCAAGUA